AUGUAUAAUUUGGGUAAAUUGUAAACAAAAAAUGCUGAGCGUGAACUAAUUUAAUAACAUUUGCAAUAAUAGCAAUUAAUAUAAACCAGUACUCAAAGAAACAAUACACCAUAAUCUUGCAAGAGCGCCUAAGAAAUGAAAUAUUUCCUAUAUUAAAAAAAUAAUGGAAAGGAAUAAUAAGUCAAAAUCUAGAACAACUCAUAGGUUUAGCAGAAACCAAAAAAUAGUUUACAUCGCAAUUUCUCUUAAAUAGAGAAGUCUGGAUCUCCAAUUCUGCCUUCGAAAAUGUAACCCUUGGUAACUUCAUAACAAAAAGUUAAAAAAUAUAAUCCUUUAUCUAUCGAUUAAAGAUUUACAUCAAAUUAAUAAUUUGUCUAAUAAAUAACAUCUUAAAUAAAUAAAAAAGAGGAUCCACCAAAAAAAGAUAAUUUAAAAGUUAGUCUAGACGACUUUGUAACUUAAAUUAAUAAACCAGCCAAGAGUUUGAUUUCUCCCUUCAAAUAAACUAAAUCUUUAUCCCCUUCCAAUAGGAUUCAGUCAUCUAAACAAAAAAAAUAUAUAUACUAUGUGACAUCUAUAAUAGAAACAUUUAAACAUUAAUAUUCACAAACCAUUGAAUAAUAAUUGUAUAAGGACCAUGCUAUGUAAACGUUUAAUUGCAUUGGAUUUUGUUUGAAUUUGCAAGAUCCAGAUCCUUAAAUCUUAAGAUAAAAAUAAUUAGAUAUACCUCUAAAAUAAAAUUGCAAGUAUAAGAAGACUGUGGUGUUUGAUUUGGAUGAAACAUUGAUACAUUGCAAUGAGAACUAAUCUCUAAAGGCUGAUGUUUAUAUCCCCAUAAAAUUCCCUUCUGGAGAUGUAGUUUCUGCAGGAAUCAAUGUUCGUCCUUUUGCCAAAUGGAUAUUAACAGAACUCAGUAAGUUAUGUGAAGUGAUUGUAUUUACUGCCUCCCAUCAAUGUUAUGCAAGUUAGGUGAUUGCUCAUUUAGACCCCAAAAAUUAAUUCCUUUCAGCUUAGGUUUUUAGAGAUGGAUGUGUGUUAUCAACUGAAGGAGUGCAUGUUAAGGAUUUGAGGAUAUUUAAAAGAGAUUUAAAAGAUAUUGUGUUGGUAGAUAAUGCUGCCUAUUCUUUUGGUAUGCAUUUGGAAAAUGGAAUCCCUAUAAUUCCAUAUUAUGAUAAUUAGGAAGACAAAGAACUAAAAUUUUUAUAUGAUUUCUUGAUUGAACAAGUGUUACCAGCUCCAGAUUGCAGAUUGGUCCUUUAAUCGACUUUCAAAUUGAGAGAAUUUUAGAAAUAUAGAGAUCCAAAGACAGCCAUAGAGAAACUAUUUUGA